UUUUUAUAUUAAAUCUAUCUUUUUUGAAGGAAUCUUUUAAACCCGCAUAUCCUACUUAAGGGUGGUAUAUAUAACCGCUCGGAGUGUUAGAGUAAGAAGUUGAAUCUCUGUCUCAAAUUGAAUAUCAUAUCGAAAUCGAAAGAGUGCCAUCGAUGGAACAAACGACUCUUGUGUCAGAGUAAUUUCAUGAAGAACAAACGGUGCCAUUAUCAAGACUCAACAAUUCCUUCGACAUUGAACUCUUUCUCAGUGAAGAAAAACAAAUUUGAAAUAACGUUAAUAGUUAGUUUAGUUGGAACACAUUUCUGGGAUUAGAUUUUUAAGGUUGAUUGUUAGUUAGAGGCAAUAAUCGUUUGAGGAAUCAUGGACGUGGAGAUGGAAAAUUCAACAUUGAGUGUUACUGGUGAAUCGUCUAUAGCUGCUUCUGAUGUUCAAGAUCAAAACCCUAUAUCUUCUGUUCAACCAACUUUGCCCCAGCCAACUCAACCUGUUAUUUCAACAGUUAUUACUCCUGUCGUGCCUCCUCUGGCUCCAAUUCCCACAGUUCCUUCCUCUCUUGUCCGGCCUCUGGCACCGCUCCCAAUUCGGCCCCCAGUUACUAGGCCACCAGUGCCUCAAAAUGGCGAGGCUGAUUCUAGUGAUUCUGAUUCGGACGGCGAUGAUGCAGACACCAGAAUUAAUAAGGGCACCGGGGAGUAUGAAAUAUCAGAAGAGAGUAAAUUGGCGAGGGAGCGGCAGGAGAAAGUGGUGCAAGACCUCAUGAUGAAGAGGCGUGGUGCUGCUCUUGCUGUUCCCACGAAUGACAUGGCAGUGAGGGCCCGUCUUCGCCAUCUUGGUGAGCCGAUUACUCUCUUUGGUGAGAGGGAGAUGGAGAGACGAGAUAGGUUGCGGAUGAUUAUGGCAAAGCUGGAUGCUGACGGUCAGCUGGAAAAGCUAAUGAAAGCUCUUGAGGAUGAAGAGGCCGCAACUUCUGCUCCUAAAGAUGAGACUGAGGAUGAUCAAGAGUAUCCUUUUUACACUGAAGGGUCAAAGUCCCUCCUCAAUGCAAGGAUUGAUAUUGCUAAAUAUUCUUUAGUAAGGGCUGCAAUGCGUAUUCAACGUGCCCAAAGAAGAAGAGAUGAUCCGGAUGAAGAUGUCAAUGCAGAGAUGGAUUGGACAUUGAAGCAGGCAGCGAAUUUGAAUCUUGAGGUCAGUGAAAUCGGAGAUGAUCGGCCACUUACUGGUUGCUCGUUCUCCCGGGAUGGAAAAAGGAUUGCUACCUGUUCUCUAACUGGAGCUUCCAAGUUGUGGAGCAUGCCUAAUGUACAAAAAGUUUCUACCUUUAAGGGGCACACCGAGCGUGCUACUGAUGUUGCUUAUUCUCCUUUGCACAAUCAUUUAGCAACUGCCUCUGCUGACAGGACAGCAAAGUAUUGGAAUGAUCAAGGAUCACUUUUGAGAACAUUUGAGGGUCAUCUUGAUCGUCUUGCACGCAUUGCCUUCCAUCCGUCAGGGAAGUACUUGGGCACUGCUAGCUUUGACAAGACAUGGAGAUUAUGGGACGUUGAAAAAGGAGAGGAGUUGCUUCUUCAAGAAGGCCACAGUAGAAGUGUGUAUGGUUUAGCUUUUCAUCAUGAUGGAUCGUUAGCUGCGUCUUGUGGAAUGGAUGCUCUGGCUCGUGUAUGGGACCUUCGUACUGGGAAAAGUGUUCUUGCACUAGAAGGUCAUGUCAAACCGAUUCAUGGCAUCAGUUUUUCUCCUAAUGGAUAUCAUUUAGCCACUGGUGGUGAAGAUAACACUUGUCGCAUUUGGGACAUGCGUAAAAAGAAAUCCUUGUACACCAUUCCCGCUCACUCUAAUUUAAUAUCACAAGUCAAGUUUGAGCCACAGGAGGGUUACUUUUUGGUAACUGCCUCAUUUGACAUGACAGCCAAGGUUUGGUCAGGCCGGGAUUUUAAGCCUGUGAAGACACUAUCAGGGCAUGAAAAUAAAGUUUCUUCUCUGGAUGUUUUUGGAGAUGGUGGGUAUAUUGUUACUGUCUCCCAUGAUCGCACCAUAAAGCUGUGGACCAGCAGCACUACUAGUGAGCAUGCUAUGGAUGUUGACUAAGCUAUUUGAAUGAUAUAAGAUUUGUAAAAGGGCCUUAGUGACAGGAAUCAGAUUAAUCAUUUUUGUUUGAUUCGGUAGCUUGCAUGUUGAUCACAUAUCGACAAAUUUGAUUGACAUAGGUUGAGAAUGGAAAUAAUGCUAUAUUCUACCCACUCCCCCCAAAGCCCUCCUAUCCCUUCCAAACUCUCAAAAAGAGCUUUUAAGAGUAUGUUUUUGAAUUGACGGAAUGAGAUAGUAUAGAAUUUGUUGGUGUUGUAUUCUAUUGUUCGGAUGUUUUAAAAAGGAUGAAGACGAAUGUAAUAUAGUGACAUUUAUUCCAUU